GUCGCUUGCACAUGUACCUUCAGCACCUUCAGCGGGGUACGUUCGUUUAUAGGAGCUGCUAAAAGUCAAACAAAAGCGUACAACAAUAAGCGCCAGGAUACAGACAACAGAAUGUUUAGUACCUGCUUCAUCAUUUGGAGCAGAAUGGUAGCUUGGCGGUGGGGAAGACCAUGUCCUGUGAUAGCACAACGUCAAAAGGUGGUAGAAAUGGCAAGGAAGGUGUCGGCGUUGAACCUGAGCAACUUCAUGCCCUACACGCGUCUUCGCCCAUUACGUGGCGUGUUGCGGGUUACCAAUUCAGAUCAUCAUCAUCAUGCCCUACACGUGCAGCGCUUAGCCGGCUCAUUAUGGAAAUCAGGCGCCUAUCCCAGUCUGCGCAUGGAAAUUGGAUCAGAAGCAGUGUUGCUCCCUGCUCCUCGGUCCUCGGUCGGCGGAAAAACUGGUACACGUCAAAACUGUUCCCUGUUCAAGGAUAACUAGCACCAACGCAAUUCCAGACUAUCAGGGAAGUGCGUUUAGUGUCUGCAGUUUGGAUGUAGCAACUACACCGGGCCGGAAUCGAUGA